UCAAAUGUCAAAAAUGGAAUCUAACCUUAAAUAUUGAAAUGUCGCUGUUUUAUUUAACUUUAACGAUGAAGCGGCUGAAUUUAUUUCACUUUUUUAACCAAUUCUCACAAAGAAACUAUAUUUUAAGUAGAGUUCUAAGUCAAGAAGCCAUCGAGAAAAAACAACAAUUUGUACCAUUUAAAGAAAAAAUUGAUGAAAGAAGACUUGAGGCGAAGCGAAGCAUUGUUGUACAAGUUCAAUCAUCUAAAUCCCAUAAAGAGUUAUAUUCUUAUUGCAAUGAUUUUGGAAGGAUCAAAAAAAUGUUUCAUUAUUCGGCAGGAGUUGAACCUUUGCAUUUUAUUAUAGUAGAGUUCAUGGAAGAAGGGGAUGUAAAUAAUAUAUUAUCAAAUAGUACAUAUUUAGAAGACACUCAAAUUGUACCUGUACAAUCGUUAUUUUUAUGGUUUAAAGCCCCUGUUAAGAGAAAUGAAAGGAAGAAGAAUGUUAAAAAAGUUGAUUUGGAAGUUGAGAAUGGUACCAAUAUUUUAGUAGAUACAGUUAUUCGAGAAAGAUUACAAAGCACCAAAUCGAUAUCUGAACAAAUGACACUUCUACAUGAUUUAACAAAACUAAACGACAUUGGGACCAGAUUACGUUAUCUUGCAGCAAAACAAGUAGAAUCCGCCCUUUCCGGAUUAUUUCCAAACACAAUAGCUUAUCCAUUCGGAUCGUCUGUAAACGGUUUUGGUAAAAUGGGAUGUGAUCUCGAUAUAGUAUUAAGGUUACUAGAAACAGAUAAUAAAACUGAAGGUCGAUUGGUUUUUCAUAAUAAAGCGUCGACGGGAAGCGAUCGAUUUAGUUCGCAAAGACACAUGGAUGUAAUUGGGGAUCUCUUACAAUUAUUUUUACCUGGUUGCGCGCAAGUGAGAAAAAUACUUCAAGCCCGCGUUCCGAUUAUUAAAUAUUGCCAACAAUUUGCUGAUAUUGAUUGUGAUUUAUCGAUGGCAAAUAUGUCUGGGUUUUACAUGUCAGAAUUAUUGUAUGUUUUUGGUGAAAUUGAUGCGAGAGUGCGUCCUCUCGUUUUUACGAUACGAAAAUGGGCUAGCGAAGUUGGUUUAACAAAUAAUUAUCCAGGAAGAUGGAUAACAAAUUUUUCAUUAACUUUAAUGGUUUUAGCGUUCUUACAACAACCUCAAAUCAAUAUUUUACCUAACAUAAAAACACUAAUAAAAGCUGCAAGACGUGAAGAUGAAUAUAUAACAGAAGAUGGUAUUAAUUGUACGUUUUUAAGAGAUAUUAAACUUUUAAACUUUAAUGCCGCAAAUACAGAUAAUUUGGAAAACCUUUUAAACAAAUUUUUCGAACAUUACGCUCAAUUCGAUUACGCAACGAAAGCCAUUAAUUUAAACGAAGGAAUUUCUAUUCAUAAACCCGAUCACAGUCCGCUUUACAUUGUAAAUCCUUUAGAAAGAGGAUUAAAUGUUAGCAAAAAUGUAAGUCCGGACGAAUUGGAAAAAUUUAAGAUGGAAUUGAGAAACGCAGCUUGGUGUUUGGAAUCGAACGAAAGGAAAAUACCAAAUUGGGGCGUUUUGUCGUUAUGCAACAAGAAAAAAAGUUUUAAUACGAACGCUAAACAAGUAAAAAUGAUUGAAGUUAGUAAAUUAUUUGAGGAAGAAGAAGAAGAAGAACAAGUCGAAUUUAAAAAUCCUCAGGUUGAGAAGGAAGUUAAUGUUAUUAGAAAUGAAACUAAAGAGACUAUUAAAAGGAUUGAUAAGGUUUUAAAUAAAAAAUUAGGAAGAUAAUAAUUAAUAAAAGUCAAUAAAUUUUUUUAAUUAA